ACCAAUACUUUAUUGAUACCCGAUAUCCCACUUCCUUUCUUCUUUUGCGAUGAAGCCAUGUUGGCUAUUCACGAUGCGUUUGCUGCUUUCGGACCUCUCUACUCAUUCGUCAAAAUGAAAGGUUUCCGACGGUUGAUGAUCAUCUAUCAAGAAACAUUGCACGCUCUCAAAGCCAAAAAAGAAUUGACUCAUACGACAGCACUCAUAUGGAGAGACAUCACGCCCGUACCUGAUAUAUUGAAUCUAAUACAGCUUGAAGAUCCAUUAGAAGAAGAAGAAUGGAUAAAUCACGGAUUCUCAGUGUUCAAAUUGAAAGUUUACUAUGGACAAAUCCUGAUACAGUCAACUUACAAGUGCCUCAGUUUCAACGUAAUUUAUUAAUUUCACCACCGGGUUCACCGUUUGAAGGUUGGGAGCAGAUUGAAGAGGAUGCACCGAACCAAAAAGUGUUGGCUUCAGAUCUUAUGCAUGCAGCUGAUAUGUCAGACUUUGAAUUAGACGACGAUGUGCUAGAUCUAUCUUCGCCAACAGCUAGCAAAAAUGAUGGGAUGGACGAACAGGAGGACUCAGCAGAGGAAGCAGGAUCAACAGCAGCGAUAGCCUCUUUACCAUCCGAUUCAAGCAAGACUUCCUUGAAGACAGUGUCAAUCGUUUGUGCCAAGGGCUCUGAAACUCCUGAUCAUCUUCCUUCCAUUACUGUGCAAGACUGGGAUGGACAAGAUGAUCAGCUUGAUAUCGAUGAAAGUAUGAAUAUCAGAAAGAAGAAACUCUCACGAAUAAACAAGAUGGUACCAACCGCCAUGCCACCCACCACCUCCUCUGUCUUUGAACAGUCAUCCUAGUUAGCUCGAGCAUCCUCAUCUUUCGCUUUAUCUCAAAAACAAACCACGCGCAUUUCAUUAACAAGUACCAUACAUCCUUUUUUUCUUUUAUUUUUUCUGAUUCUUCUUAGGAGAAUGCUAUAUAGCUUUCUUGUGCUUUCAAAUACCUGGUCUCACCAUAUAAAGUUGCUCGAUCCAUCUGCUUUCUUUGUCGAUGAACGCU